UCUCCCUCUCUAACGAAAACACUUUCGGGAAGAAUAAAGUUCGUGCGCUCGGCCAGUGUUAGUACUCGGAGCCAAACCGUGGCCUAGCAGGAAGGACGGCCCGACUAUGUGGAGAAGGAAACGGGCGCUCGGGGAGUCCUUGGCCGGGCUCGUAUGUCUCGUGGCCCUUGUCGAUGCUUAUCGAUUCCUGAGCCAGAGCACAGCCUCCCAGUUCCUGAGCAGGCAGAGGAGAGCCAACUCUCUGUUUGAGGAGAGCAAGAAGGGCAACCUGGAGAGGGAGUGCAUCGAGGAGCUGUGCAACAAGGAGGAGGCCAGGGAGAUCUUCGAGAACAACCCGGAGACGGAAUACUUCUACCCCAAAUAUGUUGCUUGUCUGGGUUCACACCGCGUCGGCAUCAACAAUCCAAACUCAGACCCCAUUCCGUCGGAUCUUCGCACAUGUGUGACGGAGAUCAGUGACCAAUGCACGCCGCCGCCGUGCUACAAGGAGGGUUCGAAUCGCUGUUUGGACGGACAGGCGUCCUUCACGUGCGAGUGUAAGCCCGGCUGGAAGGGGCAGCGCUGUGAGGACGACAUCGAUGAGUGUUCAGAUCCUGAGUUUCCAGCGGGAUGUAACCAGAAAUGUUACAACCUACCCGGUAGUUUCUACUGCAUGUGUGAAGAUGGCUACUCCAUCAACAACAAGGUCGACUGCAUCGAUAAUGAUGAAUGCCUGUUGUACCCCAGUAUCUGUAACGACCCGGCUACAUGUGUCAACACGCCAGGCAUGUACGAGUGCCAGUGUCCCCUUGGUUUCAAAUAUGACUUCUCCUCCAAGAGCUGCAAUGAUAUAGACGAGUGCAAGUUGAAUGUGUGCGACGGGCAGUGUAUGAACACUGCAGGCAGCUUCUCCUGCCACUGCGAUGGCCGUCAGCGUCUGUAUUUGGGGGAGGACGAGCGGUACUGUAAAAUAAUCCCCGUUUGUGUGGACCUGUAUGACGACAGGCGCCCAGAGAUGCUUUACCUGGGAGAGCAGUUCGCCGGCCUUCCUGUCAUCUUUCUGCGCUUCCGUCUGCCAGAGAACACAAAGUUUGCAGCAGAGUUUGACUUCCGUACAUUUGACCCAGAGGGGGUCGUGCUGUACGCCGAGUCCUCGCAGGACUCGUGGUUCAUGUUGGGGCUAAGAGGCGGUCGCAUUGAAGUCCAGUUCAAGAACCAGCACACGUUCAAGGUCACUAGCGGAGGGAAAGCCAUCAAUGAUGGACAGUGGCAUGUGAUCUCCGUGGAUGAGUUGGAGAGCAGCAUCAGUGUGAAGAUCAGUAUGGAAGCUGUGAUGAGCAUCAACAGCCCGGACAGCCUCUUUACUUCGGUGAACGGCAAACUGGAGACCAAGGUCUACUUAGCUGGUCUGCCCAACCGCACUGACAACGUCAUCAAGCCUAUCAACCCUCGACUCGAUGGCUGCAUUCGGGGCUGGAACCUCAUGAAUCGGGGAGAGUCUGGGGUAAAGGAGGUCAUCCAGGAGAAGAAGAGUAAACAUUGCUUUGUGUUUGUGGAACGAGGGUCUUUCUUUGCGGGGCAAGGACUGGCACACUUCAACAUUGACUACAGUGAUUCUGGGAGUUGGAACGUCGAUAUAAAGAUGAACAUCCGUCCGUCCAGCAGCACAGGUGUCCUCUUUGCUCUCGUCCACAACAACGCAGUCCCCCUUUCAGUUGCCGUGGUAACACAGGGAGCAAAAGAUGCUAACUUGCAAGUUUUCUUGGACGGCGUCUCCGUGGCAACGCUGGAUUCAGUGAUGUUGUGUUACCCUGACCGAGUGACAGUGCAGCUGAAUGUGACUCCCACGGAAAUCCAAAUCUCAGCCAACUCCUCUACUGUGGCCUUCAUGAAGUCUGAUGCCCUGCAGGAGGCACUGAAGCACCUCAACAGCACCAUGCAGAACCCCAUCAGUACAUACAUUGGGGGGAUACCAGUCCACGUCCCGCUAACUGCCACCCCUGUGACGGCCUUUUACCACGGCUGCAUGGACAUCGCGAUCAACGGCCAGCAGCUGGACUUUGACAAUGCUCUCAGCAAACAUAACAGCAUCUGGUCCCACUCGUGUCCCCCUGUGUCGGCCCCUGAGGGUGACCCCGAGGCAACGCACCCGCACAGAAAGUGACCUGGACUAACAGUACAUUGAAAAAAGCCCAGCAAAAAGGCAGAAUCCCACAGCAGCCCCAUCCCGGGACAUUUUGGAAGGAUAUAUACAUAUAUAUAGAACGAGCAGGAAGUGACAAGAGGAGACAGAGGUUGACUAUUGUAGUCACUUUUGUCAACUUUCUCAAAUGGGUUCAUUUAUGCUUUGGGUUGGGCUUUUUUGCCAUUCAGUAUUAUUUUUUCUGUCCAGGCAGCAUUCUUUUUUUGCGGUAUUUCUUAUAGUGAGGCACAAGCUGGCUUGCCAGAGAGCGAGCAGAAGCUGGAUUGCUGGAUGACGUAGUUGUAGCAGUUUGUUGCUAUGAAUUAAAUAAUUUCCAAGACACAUUCAAAAAGAGCGGAGCUCUGUAGCACACACGCCAUGCGUUGAAAAGAGGUGGUUAUGCUUUUGUAGAAAAAUAAACAAAUGGUCACUGUUGACCAGGCUUUGAGACCACAUGCAUCCUUUUCCCUGUUGAUGCAUUACAGUACUUUCUCUAACUUCCCUUCAAUCUGGGUUUCUUGGGAGGCAAACGUCGUGGAGACAACUAGCAAUUGUGGUGUUGAAAACCACAGAAGAGAAAGUGGAGCCUCGAGGCUCUUCCCCCCAACGCUGUUGCGUUUUCUUGUUUGAAUUAGCAUCCCUUACCGGAGGUCUGCCUUCCUGAAAUGUGGUCUAUCAUUUGAUUGUUCCCAGAACCCAACAUUGCUUUUCUCCAGAUGUUUUACACUUCUCAGCCAAAUGCAGAGUUUUCCUGGUUGGUCCGUUUUUUAGAAGUCAUAUGACUUAAAUGUAGUUGUUUGUUUUAAUAAAAAUGUUCAAAGCAACUGGA